ACUACAGAGGGAGGCGGGCACCAACAGCUGCUGCUCCGGGAGUGCUGGACCUCGGAGAAGGAGAGUCGUUUUCCUAACCGUUGCUUCUAACGGCCCUCAACAUGAGCGACAAGGAUGGGGAGGAGAAGACCCCUCUCCCCCCAGCCCCCAGCCCUCCCGUUCCCGACCCUGCCGCGGUCGACGCGCAUCCCCACCAGAGCCCGAGGCUCCGCGAGGAACCUGAGGCGUCCCAGGUGAUGGCGACGACCGGUGAGGAAAGCUCGGAGGUCUCCGCGCUGCCACAGCCCCAGCGUUCCGAGGAGGGGGGAGCACGCCGGGAGCCCGGGGCCUGGGGCCUGACCCCUCAGGCCCUGGUCGCCGGGGAUCACUGUUACGUAGCCUCCAAUGUGGAGCCGCUCCCCGACUGCCCCGAAGCCGUGUCGGCGGCCGUGGCAGCUUACUGCCGCCUGAGGAGAGUCGGGCAGCGCGGCUUCGGCGGAGACUGGGCCCGAGGAGGCCGUGGCGCCGAGAGGUCGGGCUUCGGGGCGGCGAGCUCGGCCGUGGAGGAGGAGGGCGAGGAGGGGGCCCAGGGAGGCGUGAAGGAGGAGGUGGAGGGAGAGGAGAUGGAGGUCGGGGAGAACCCCGCGGGGGCUGCGGGAGACGUGGCGGGGAUUAACGGACCCGCGCCGGUCCUCCGCUUCCGACCGCUGCCGAUGGAGCGGCGGAUGAACCCCCUGGAGGCCAUCCAGUUGGAACUGGACACGGUCAACGCCCAGGCCGACAGGGCCUUCCAGCAUCUCGAGCAGAAGUUCGGGAGGAUGCGUCGCCACUACCUGGAACGGAGGAACUACAUCAUUCAGAACAUCCCGGGCUUCUGGAUGACGGCCUUCCGCAACCACCCGCAGCUGGCCCCCGUCAUUAGGGGCCAGGAUGCGGACAUGCUAAGGUACGUCACCAACCUGGAGGUGAAGGAACUCAGACACCCGAGAACGGGCUGCAAGUUCAAGUUCUUCUUCCGACGCAACCCCUACUUCCGAAACAAGCUGAUUGUGAAGGAGUAUGAGGUCCGGAACUCUGGCCGGGUGGUCUCUCUCGCCACGCCCAUCGUCUGGCGCCGGGGCCACGAGCCCCAGUCCUUCAUUCGCAGAAACCAAGGCAUGGUCUGCAGUUUCUUCACUUGGUUUUCCGACCACAGCCUUCCCGAGUCUGACAAGAUCGCCGAGAUCAUCAAGGAGGAUCUGUGGCCAAAUCCACUGCAAUACUACCUGUCUCGUGACGGAAUCCGCAGGCCCAGACGUCGCCCCAUCCGGGAGCCAGUGGAGAUCCCGAGGCCCUUUGGGUUCCAGUCUGGUUAAACGUCCACCCUGGAAAUGCUGUACGAAAUCCCCGACCACCUCGUGCUGGACCUGUGCUUACAUCAGAAAUGGGUAUGACUCCCCCCUCUCCACACUCCAUCCUUCUCUGAUAUAUCUGUGACCAUUUCUCUCAACUUCCGAAUUGAGACCUUCCAUGGAGACGAUUUUCCUCUUCCUCAUAGCCUUCGUAUUAUUCUGCUUUGCUAUCCCAUGCUGCAUUAUCAUCGCCGAGCAAAUGAUACUGUAUAUUGCACUGCUUUUAUCUGCUCUGUUUGGACCGUUUCCAGGACUUUCUGCCUCUUGCUUACAACUUGCAACCUGAAACUCUGACUUUUUCUAGGAGCUUCUGUACACAUUUUGCCAUGCAGAUAUAUAGCCCGUGGACAGUUGGUGGGCGUUAAUGGUAUGGAGGGAGAGCAUCACUGUACCCUUUGGUUUAUAUGAAUCUAUUGUUCCUUUUUUGUACCUCUGGUCACCUAUUGCUUCCUGUUACUGUUAUCUUUCAAACUGUUGUCAGCCCCAUUGUUUGGUUUCUGGUAAACAAUCUCAAAAACUGGUCUGUGGUGGACACAGGUUUUCUCUCAGCUCACCAAAAAAAAAAAAAAAAACCAAAAAACCAAACCCAAAACCAUACCUCUACCCCCUCAUUUCUUCCCGUCUUUCUCCAUCUUCUAGGAAUUUUGUUAGGAAAGUAAUUGAAGUGAUAUGGUGAACUCAGCCCUCAAGGCAAAGUUAGGAUGGUGGCUGUUCUAAAUCCAGGUACCUUUAUGUACCUCCUCUCUUUCUGAACAAAGUUAAGUACCAAACGGGCAAUUCCAGUUCUCAAAAACAAACAAAAAACCACAACUUUUCAUUUUUUCCUGGCGAUAGGUUGUACUGUAAAAUAGGUUGCUAUAACACUUAAAUCUGCCUUUUAUCUCUGCCCUUCACCUUCUUUCAAAACACCGUGGGGGUUUAAAAGAAGAUCUAGAUGUAAUGAAAAGUGAUAGUUUGAAACAGGUAGGCUAACUAAAGAGAAUGUGGUGGUUUCUUCAAACAGGAGAAACAAUAAAAGGAUAAAGGUAAAAAUUAGUUCUAAAAUGAGACUUCAUGGAAGACAUUCUUUGUCAGUGGUGAUGGGAGGAGAAAUACUUCCCAGUAUUUCCAUGGGACCAUUGAAGGGAGUUUCAAGGGAAUUGCCUAGAGAAGAGUUUAUUUAAAGAAGUGGCACACAACUUUGGGUGCUUUUGUAUUUAUAUUUGACUUAGUUUGUACAGUAAGUAAAUGAAGACUAACUUUUAUUUCUUUAGCAUUUAGUAAAAUCCUUGACUUUGUAUUUGCUUAGAGGCAAAGGAGCUCUACAGGCUAUAUUGUGCUUUCAGUUGGAAGCAUUUAAAACUUUAUUUUCUUUUGUGAUAGAGACAGAUAUUCAUGACAGCUCUUAAUUUGCUUUUGUUUUUGUUAAAACUAUUAUAUAAUUUGAAUGACUUGUUCUUGACAGAUUCUGAAGACUUUGAAACUUGUCCUUUGGAAAAGUAAUACAGAAAAGGUGUGGCUUAGUUUUUGACUUGAUAAUUUGCUUUUGUAACAAUUCCAUAAUUGACAUCUCUUUUCCUAUACCAUAAAUGCUUGUGGAAUUGCUGUCAAAUUUGAAAAUGUACCAUUGGCAUAGUUGUUUUCCUUAUGUGCAUGAUGGUAAAAUAAAAGCAUGUUAAUCUUC